GGCAACAAGCAGUUCAUGAUUUACACCACCAAAGCCUACCUAUCCAAUCCAACAGAGAGUCCAGAUCACUCCACGUGUCUCACACACCUCAAAAGAACUCCCUAAUUCCCUCACUUCCUCCCAACCCUCCACUAACUAAAACCUUCUUAUAAAUACACAACCUCCCCCAUGCCACCACACCAAAACCAUCCAUGGAAAACGGCCAGAAAAAGAGCUCCUCCGGCGACACAUUCUCCUUCCCGAGCACACCGGUCCGCGACCAAGACUUCGAAUUCGGCUGCUACACACCCGACUCUGCCUCCAGUGACCCCUGCAAGGACUCCCCAGCAGACCAUUUGUUCUUCAAUGGCAAACUCCUACCUCAUGCCUUCCCUUUUCAACCAAACAAUAAUGGCAUGCUACUUGUCGUUGAUCACUCUCGUCGCACAAGCCGAACGAACAGCAUUAGCAGCAAGGACUCGCUUUCGCUCAUGUCCUCAAGAAGCAAUAGCACUAACAGUAGAAGCAGCACUAGCAGUUGCAGCAGCAGCGCAAGGACAAGUUCAAGUGACAAUUCUGAGAGGAAGUUGAUGCAUCAUCAUCACUACAGCAGAACGACACCGUUUAGAUCAUCGGACAGAUACAAAACCGGAGGUGGUGCACAACUUUAUGGAUCUUCUCAGAGAUGGCAAUUCAUAACACCUGUGCCGACUUUAAGCCGGGACACUUCAGUUAAGAAGAAAGUGGAGAUUGCUGCAGCUGGGAAAGGAAAACCCAACAAAGCAAAGAAGAAAAGGAAGGUGAAGACGGUUGUGGUCCGGCGCCGGAGGCUCUGCCGGAGGUUUUUCCGAUGGCUGGUUUCGGCCUGCAUAAAGUGUCACGCAAUGGAGCCAUCCAAGAAAAGUGAUGUUGUUGAUCAUGUAAAAGAUGGGAAUCAUGUGAAGCUACAAUGACUUUUUGUGUAUCACAUUCUUGUAAUUUGUUUAUUUUGGAUGCAUGAUGAGGUCAAGUUAAUUAGCAUUUUGGAGUUUGGUUUUGUGGGUUUUGAAAGUAGAACUGGGGUUGCGCGCUUUGAGCUUUGGCUCUUCUCUUUAAACUUUGAAGAAAGCAAAAGUUAUUCUGGGGACGUUA